AUGUCCACAACCCCACGUUUUCAAUGUGCGGAUGUCGAUCCCAGCCCACUGGGCCAGCCUCUCAAAUUCUCCUUUUCAGGACGCUCAGCGCCCAAUCGAUUCCUAAAGGGUGCAAUGAGCGAGCGUCUAGCUUCCUUCUCUCUCGUCGAUGUUGAAUCACGAGGCAUUCCUUCCCCUGAGCUGAUCCACGCCUACAAGAUCUGGGGGGAGUCAAACAUUGGCAUCAACCUUACCGGUAAUGUCAUGAUCGAUCCCGGUCACCUCGAGGCAGCUGGUAACCCAGUCAUUCCACAAAACGCCGAGUUUUCUGGUCUCCGUUUCGAGCGAUUCCGUGAACUUGCCGCAGCCGGUAAAGCAAAGGGAUCUCUGAUUAUCGCUCAGGUUGGACACCCAGGUCGCCAGACACCUGGAGAUAUCCAGCCUAACCCUAUCAGUGCCAGCGAUGUUCAACUCACAUCAAGCUCGCUAGGCAAAGGCUUUGGAAAGCCUCGUCCUGCGACUAAAGAGGAUAUUGCAAAUGUUAUUGAUGGCUUUGCACAUGCUGCUGAGUAUCUUGAGAAAGCUGGCUUUGAUGGCAUCGAACUGCACGGUGCCCAUGGUUAUCUCCUCAGUCAAUUUUUGUCUCCCACAACAAAUUUGAGAACUGAUGAUUAUGGUGGCGACUUGAAGAAUCGUAUGAGAUUAAUCUUGGAGGUCAGAGAUGAAAUUGCCAAGAGAGUCAGCGAUAAAUUUGUUGUUGGUAUCAAAGUCAACAGUGUAGAGUUCCAAGAAAAAGGAUUCCAGCCGGAGGAGGCUAAAGAGUUGUGCAAGGCCCUUGAAGAGCAUAAAUUCGACUUUGUUGAACUUUCCGGUGGUACUUAUGAGAAAUGGGUGCAAGUUGAUGCACAGCGCCAGUCAACAGUCUCGCGUGAAGCAUUUUUCCUGGAAUUUGCGAGGGCUGUCGUUCCUGGAUUGUCCAAGACGAAAUCAUAUGUGACUGGAGGAUUCAAGACCGUCGAGGGCAUGAUUGGUGCUCUGGACACAGUCGAUGGUAUUGGGCUCGGACGUCCUCUAUGCCAGGAACCCACUUUCUGUAAUCAGAUCUUGUCUGGACAGAUUAAGGGAGCCAUGCUUCAAAAGCUGGACCUUGAACAGUUUAGUGUCACCGCUGGUGCGGCCGGUCUUCAGAUCAAGCAGAUGGGACAGAACCUUCAGCCCAUCAAUCUGUCUGUGCAAGAAAAUGUGGCUAAACUUUUCGGUGGCUUGAUGAAGUGGAAGGCGGAGCAGGAUAAAAAUGCCGAGAUUUAUCAAUUCCCUGCUCUGGAUGACUAUUCUUUGGCAUAUGAUGGUACUCAGGUAGUCUAG